AAAAAUACGCACGCUGGCUGACCAGUUAUUAAAAAAAUCACCUAAAUUUUGAGGAUCCACAUGUCAGCUCAAACGAAUCCGAGGUCCGAACAAGAAGAAGAAAUCGCUACCAAAACCACUGAGCCAGGCCACGGGGUUCAUUCAAAACCGCUUCGAGCCUUCGACGGAGGGACAAAGGCGGCUUCUCGUCCAGGCGCGCCAGAUUCAGGUUGAAUCAAUCUUUUAGGGUGAUAUAAAAUUCAAUUGUAUGAAGCACAUCUGGGGGACCCAUGAUUUUGAUGGUUUUGAAAUUGACAGCAAGGCAAGUUCACUUCAUAAUCAGUUCUCAACGAAGUUAUCGCUAUCUAGUUCCAAUGAUGUGAUCAUGAAGAGGGAGGAAAUUGCAACCUCUCCAUGUCCUGACAAGGAAGUUCCAUCAACUAUCCUUAAUUUACCGCUAAAGAGUCUUAAGCAGGAUGCUACUGAGGAGGACGCAAUUAGAUGGAGACUUGAAAAGAAUGGCUUUCCCUUUGUUCUGUCAGACUCAGAGUUCGGUGAUUCUUCAUAUGAUAGUUCUCUCAGCGAACAGUCAUCUACAAUCAGUACCCCAAGCACACCAUUCACAGUACAGUCAGAUACUCAGUCUGUGGAUCUUGACAGAACAGAUAUCUGGGUCUCUUCUUUAGAUCUUGACUCAGAGGAUUCUGCAUUGCUGCCAGGCAAGGAACAGCUUCUGGAUAGUCUCAGUUCUGACUUUCCCAGCCCUUCUUUCAGUGCAGUCAGAAGCCUCCAAUUUGGUACUUCCAGUUCUAGUACAGGGACAUCGGAGAGGAAAGAAGCCAGCGAGUCUGAUGAACCAAUAUUCUGGCCAUUUGAGCGCACUGCCUACAACAGCCCUGAAUUCGAAAAGUUUCUCAGUUUGUCACCUCGUAGAAACACAAUGGAUAUGGGGUAUGCUGAAGUUCGUCAGUUAAAUCCUGUCUUGCAGAGGCUCCGUAAGAACAAACUAUCUUCAGCAAAGAAGAGCAUUGAACCGCAUCGAGGGACUACCAAUUCAUGCCCAAAAGGAACCAAAGUCUCCUCCCAAGAGAAGAUUCAGAAGGCACCUACAGCUCCGUCCAGAUUGAGCAGGACAACAAAAGCAUCUGCACCCUCCAGUCACCAGGUGCCAAGCAACUGUCAGAGAAGAAGGCCGCCACACUUGAAACUUGCCCCCCCAAGAAAGGUGAGCACUCCAAAAUUACAGACAGAUCAUCCUCUUAAAGAGACUGGAGCACGCGGCAUCCCAAACCUAGCGGACAAGAAGGGUCGGAUCGAAGAGUUGAUUGGAUUGGAUGAGUUUGAUGGCCAUGAAGGCAUCGGUUCGGAUUCUCCAGAUUACCAAUUUUGUCUAUGGCUGUCUCCAAGAUGUCAUGGUACAACAAUCAAGCACGAGCCAUCUCCAUAGUUCUGUAGCAAUCAGCAGCCUGCUGUCCCGUGCUGCCGUACGUUGUAGCAAAGGCUGAUGUGUUUUUUAAUUGUAAGGGACCGAAACUGGCGACCAGAGGGGGGUGAAUGGGAGCCGAUCAAAAUUUCUCUCGAAAUCGAAUCGUCGGCCUAUAUUCCAAAA